AUGCAACGAGCUGUUGUUGACAGGAGUGGAAAUGGCAAUUCUGGUACUACUGAUGUAACCGGUUCUUAUGUGGUACGAGGCAGGUCUGUUACUAAUAACCGAUCUAAUGGUAGAAUUACAGGAUGGAACCUUGCACAAGUACGUGUAAAACCGAUUGUGAAGAAGAAAGUGAUCUCCACUGAAGACAGAGGAGAGCUGCUAAUGCAGAAAUGGCAGGCUCAACUAGAAACUGCCAAUACUCUCAAGGACGAUGACAGCAUGGUCAGCAAUGGAAGUGUGAACAUGCAGAUCUACAAGUCAACCUUGAAGAUGGAUUCAUUGAAACACUGUUCUCAAUGGACCAAAGAUAACAAGAAAUUUUCAAGUCAAACGGAAGUAAACACUAGGAUAUCAAUCUUGGUGUUGAUGCCUGAUCUACGUUCAGCCUACGAAUGA